AUGUAUCACUCGAAGAAAAAGAAAGACGGACUUCUAAGCUACCAAGACGAUGCCUGCCAUGUGUAUGGCUUCGAGGUGGACAAACUACUUCAAGACAAUCACCCGAUCAAAGUUUUUCAAGUCAGAUCCAAACAAGACCACAACGUCAAGAAAGUCAUUAAAGCUUAUUUCAAAGACAAUACUGAUGUUGACCAAAUAACCACAAGGCAAUUCAUGGCAGAAAUUUCAGUACUCACCAAGAUCCACCAUCCUUAUGUUAUGGGCAUGGAUACCAUGGGUAUCUUUCCUGGUUACUUCGCAUACGUGAUGCCAUUGUACGAAACAGGAACUCUGACCGAGGCACUGCCGACCAUGAAUCAGGAAAAGAGUGAUGAAUACCUUGUGCAGCUGUGUGCAGGACUUAAAUUUCUCCAUAGACAUAAAAUCGCUCACAGAGACGUGAAAACGGACAACGUUUUGAUCACAGCAAAAGAAAAGAGGGUGGUCAUUGCUGAUUUCGGUUUGUCUGAAAUCUUGUCCACUAUUGAUACGCCAGUGAGCACAAUAAAAGGAACCCAUAUGUACAUUUCCCCAGAACAGUUUAUCCAGAAAGAAUUUAACGCUUUUAAAGUAAGUGAAAUGUUAUAUUUUCUUAAUGUUCCUUAA